AUGGUCUGGGUCGACCGAGUUGCAGCUGCGGCAAUCGGGUACGGAAGCUACUAUGUUCCGGUUAGGAAGUACGAUGUGUACGACGGUCUGGUCUAUCAGUGGUUCUUCUGCUGUGGGAUUCUCAUUGGUGCACUGGUGGUGGCAGUGGCCCGAAAUGAUUGGCAGGCUGAAAGCAUGAGUAGCAGCGCCUUCUACGUUGCUCCCCAUGGCCUAUUGUCCGGCCUGCUGUGGUCCGUGGCGAAUGUCUGGGCUACGAGGGCUGUCCAGUACUUCGGCAUCGGCAACUACUACAUUUGGCACGAGUUGACCAACCUAUUCGGCACCUUCGUGAUCGGUGUCUUCGGACCCAGCCUGGGUAUUCCGGCAAGGCCGCCACGUGUGGAGUGGCUCGCUGGCCUCGGCUUCAUCUGUGUCUUCCUUGGCAUGAUCCCCGUCGUCUUCAUGCGCGACAAAAAGGAGGCCUCCUCCAAUUCCGCCGCCAGCCCACCGACGGAGACAACGAGUUUGGAGACACUUUUCCGACAAGAGCUGCAGGAAGGCUCCGGCUCGACGUCUCCGAACCACACCUGGACCCUUCCGGAGGUCCUCCAGGUGGCCCAAGAGUCCUUUGCUGCAGCCAAUGCGCUGACUUGGGACGGCACCAUAGGACGACCCGAUGCCCAACAGCUGCGACGCCUCCGAUUUGCAUCGGACCCACUGAAGCUCGAUAGCCUUGGCUGCUCCGGUGGACUUCCCAUCGCCGCGUCGCCCCUCCUCGAGGAGGCCCAGGCCCAGCCGGCUCCAAGCGCGGGCCGGGCCUGGCUCAAAGGCUGGCUGCUGUCUCUGGUCACCGGAUUGGUGUUAUCUCUUCAAUACGAGCCCAUGCUGCCGUGGAAGCAAAGCCUUGAAGCGCGCGGCUUCAAGCCAUCCGGGGUGGACUACGCCUUCUCCAAUUGCCUAGGCAUUUUUCUCUGCUCCACGGCCUACCUGCUCAUCGCAGGCGGCUGGAAGAGGCUCACGCGGCAACCCCUGCAGAAGCCGGUUCUGCGGCCUGCGCUGUUGGCCGGUGUCAUGUGGACCCUGGCCUCUUACUUUCAGCUCUACGCCAUGACGCAGCUGCCGUAUGCAGUUGCAUACUGCUUGAUCGUGGGUGGAGGCGGAAGGGCUGCACAACAAGAAAUGCUUAGCCCUGGCCUUCCUCGGAGUCUUCGUCGGCCUACUGCUCCUUGGGAUCGCCGCUUGA